UAUACAUAUAGACAUGUGUGUCUGUUACAAUUACAGGAGAUUAUUAUUGAUUGCACGUCUUCCACUUGCUUUGGCGUGCGUCGAGUGCACCAUGCUUGCGUGUGGCGUUGCGGUCCAUGCAAUUGAUGAGGGUGUCAUAUGUGUUGGUAUAUUGCCUUUGUCCACUAUUCUGAUCCCUAUCAAACAAAACACAACAAGAUGAGGAGAUCAACGGUUCUGAUUUCUUCUUAUUCAGCUCCACUAAUGUCUUUGGACUUGGUAUACUAAUUAAGUGGUCAACGCGACCUCUCGGUAGCAGGAGGGCUGUACGUGCGGGCGGCCAAUGCGGUUUGGUUUUUUUCAAUAUGGCCGGGUAUAAGCUAAAUUGCGGACCGCCUGUUCACCUGCGGGUGAGUUGAAACCGCGAGUUGACGGGGUGGUGGUGUGACAUAUUUGUCGUGAACAAGACGAGUUGACGGAUUUUUUGUGCACCCUUGGGUAGUACACAAACUCUCUUUUCUUUUUUCGUCAUAGAACCAAUAAUAAAAAGUUAUUACAUUUAGGCGGAAAUUGUUUCGGGUCAAGUAAUCCACAACAUGCAUGUCAUAAAUCAUGGAGGGUCCCAACUCCCAAACGUCGACCCAAAGAUACCCAACGAAAUAGUGCGAAAAACUAAAGGUGAUCAAGAAUCUCUCAGGUUCCCAUACCUCUUGAUAGUUAAUCAUUUACUUAUAUAAGUACACCAAACUUUACAACUUCCUAUUCCAAAAAUUAUCCUCUUCCAUUAGCUCAUCAUCCAUGGCUUCUCAUCAUGCCAGAACUCCCUUGCAUAAUUACCAUUUGUACUUCCUCUCCUUCCUCGCCCUCUCACGCCUCGUCUCGGCUCAAACCGAGAAUUACAUUAUCCAUAUGGACUUAUCAACUAUGCCUAAAGCCUUUGCCAAUCACCAUUCUUGGUACUCAGCCACAUUAGCCACUCUAUCAAAAACUGUUCCAAAAACAAUCUCUUUAGACCUCUCCUCUAAGCUCAUCUAUAGCUACACUCACGUUAUAAACGGCUUCAGCGCAAGCCUAACACCUUCUGAGCUAGAAGCCGUAAAGGGAUCUCCAGGCUACAUUUCAUCGAUGAGAGACUUACCUGUGAAAGUUGACACGACUCACUCUUUUAAAUUCCUCGGCCUCAAUUCCAACUCUGGUGCGUGGCGGGAAUCGAAUUACGGCGAAAACGUCAUAAUCGGGUUGGUCGACACCGGAGUAUGGCCCGAGAGCGCGAGCUUCAACGACGAUGGAAUGUCGGAGAUUCCGUCCCGUUGGAAGGGAGAAUGUGAGACCGGCACGCAAUUCAACUCCUCAUUGUGCAACAAGAAGCUAAUCGGAGCUCGGAUCUUCAACAAGGGUUUGCUCGCGAAGUAUCCCAACACAACAAUCGCGAUGAACUCCACGCGCGACACCUCCGGCCACGGGACGCACACGUCCACGACUGCAGCCGGGAACUUCGUUGACGGCGCGUCAUACUUCGGGUACGCCUCCGGGACCGCGAGGGGCGUGGCACCACGCGCGCACGUAGCCAUGUACAAGGCACUAUGGGAGGAAGGAGGUUACACGUCCGACAUAAUCGCCGCAAUCGACCAAGCAAUAAACGACGGCGUUGACGUCCUGUCCUUGUCGUUUGGACUUGACGGCGUCCCUUUGUAUAAAGACCCCGUCGCAAUAGCCACAUUUUCGGCGUUGGAGAAGGGCGUUUUCGUCUCUACGUCAGCCGGUAACGAAGGUCCGUUUUAUGGCUCCUUGCAUAACGGAAUUCCUUGGGUCUUGACUGUCGCAGCCGGUACACUGGACCGUGACUUUUACGGAGUUUUAAAUCUUGGGAACGGCGUUUCAAUCUCGGGAGCUUCUCUUUACCCGGGGAAUUUUAUGAAGACACGUGUUCCAAUAGUUUUCAUGGGCAGUUGCAAAAAUCCGAAGAAGUUGAAGAAAAUUGGGAGAAAAAUCGUCGUUUGCCAAGACAAGAACGUCGAUACGUUGAGCACGCAGUAUGGGAAUCUAGAGGAUGCGAAAGUCUUCGGAGGUGUUUUCAUCACUAACAAUACCGACUUGGAGGAAUUUGUGCAGAGCUCGUACCCGGCGAUCUUUGUCUCCCCGGAAGACGGCGAGGCUCUAAAGAACUACAUAAAGGCCGACGCGCAGCCGAAAGCGAUGAUGUCCUUUCGCAACACGGUGCUCGGGACAAAGCCGGCUCCAAAGGCCACCCUUUACACCUCCCGAGGGCCGUCUCCGAGCUGUCCGGCCAUAUUGAAGCCGGACAUAAUGGCUCCGGGGUCGUUAAUCCUGGCGGCGUGGCCUGCGAACACUUCGGCCACAGAAGCCGACGGCCGACCGCUUUACAGCCAGUUCAACCUCCUUUCGGGUACGUCGAUGGCUUGCCCCCAUGCAGCCGGAGUGGCGGCCCUCGUGUUAGGCGCACGCCCCGAGUGGGGCCCAGCCGCCAUACGCUCCGCCUUGAUGACAUCAUCCGACGUGUACGACAACACUCUUAGCCCCAUAAAAGACAUCGGUUUCAACAACCAACCGGCGACUCCGCUGGCCAUAGGGUCCGGUCAUAUUAACCCCAACAAGGCCUUGGACCCUGGACUUAUUUACGACGUUGAGAUUCAAGAUUACGUGAACGUUCUUUGCGCUUUGAACUACACUGUGGAACACAUCAAAGUCAUAACCAAGUCAUCGUCUUUGGUUGAUUGCUCAAAGCCGUCGUUGGAUCUAAACUACCCUUCUUUCAUCGCCUUUUUCAAUGCGAACGACUCGAAGUCCGACGCAAAAACUGUGAAGGAUUUCCAAAGGACGGUGACUAAUGUGGGUGAAGGAAAAUCAACCUACAUUGCCAGUGUCACAUCCAUGGAAGGGUUAAAAGUUAAUGUCGUUCCUAAGAAGUUGGUGUUUAAAGAGAAGAACGAGAAGAAGAAGUUCAAACUUAGUAUAGAAGGUCCGAGAAUGAUGAAACAGAGGGUGGUUUUCGGUUAUCUGACUUGGGUGGAUAACGAUAACAAACAUGUGGUCAGAAGCCCCAUAGUGGCCACGAACCUCGACUCCACGGCAGUGUCGUAGAGAGCAGAACAGGAAUACAACUCUGGACCUGCUUCUACACUAUCAUUUCUCUCUCUUUGCUAAAUAAAAUCGACUUUACUAGACAUGGUAUAUCGGCUAAACGGUCCGUGAUAGAUCAGGUCAUCCAGCUUAUUGGAUAGGGGUUUUUUUUUUUUUUUUUUACAAAAUAAAAAGGAAAAAAAUGUAUGGUUGUAACGCUGUAACUUGUUAAAUCAUAGAGUCGUGGAAAAAGGAGACAAAUAAACAAAAAAAGUUUCUGAA